CUUUGCAGCGUGUCCUACAUCUGACCCUGCCUCUCUGCCUGUGUGUUAGCUGGGAGAGAGAGGCAGAAUCAGUCCGCAUCCUCGCCGCUACUCCAAAGCCCGCCAGGAUAAUCCGCUGCCUGGAAACCUGAUUGUGACCGACCAGUAUCUGUACAGAUCGUGGCUUCUGCGAGACUGCCCAGUGAAAAUGAGAUGACAUUUCAAGCCGCGACUCGUACUUUUUGCAAGAGGGGUUUCACCGCGCAAACUGAAGCUAAAGACAACCGCUACUGACUGGAUGGGGGGACGCUACAAUAACUGGUGCUGAAGAACAAACACGCGUCUCAUUUGAGCAAACAUGUAUUUGCACAGGAGAAAGAGGUUUCAGUGGAAUCGAAUUGUCUUUCUCUUAACGGGAGUGCUUGUUUGUUUCGCCUACCAGCUUUCGUUCAGCUGGCGGUCAGCACCUUGGACAAGGCACGAUGACGGUGACAAUGUGGACAGCUUCCUCGACGUGGAAACCAGGGAGCUCUCAAACAAAAGCACAGCUGAUGACACGACAGACCCCCCUGAAACAACAACAGAUCACACCCCCCUGACCACAGACAGAACUACAUUAAGGAACUGUAUAGUUGUAGACCCCGAGCCAGCUAAAACCACCACGAUACCUACUACAACAACCCCAGUACCCAACACAACAGCCUUAACCAAUGCUACCAGCACCCCACUCGAGAUCCCCUAUCACACGAAAGGAGAAUACCCGCAGGACAUUUUCACGGUGGAGGAGCGUCGCAAAGGCUGGGUGGUCCUUCAUAUUUUUGGAAUGAUUUACAUGUUUGUGUCCCUAGCCAUUGUGUGCGACGAGUUCUUCGUCCCUGCUUUGGGGGUUAUCACCGAUAAACUGGCAAUCUCUGAUGAUGUUGCUGGUGCUACUUUCAUGGCAGCAGGCGGAUCGGCUCCGGAGCUCUUCACCUCGCUCAUCGGGGUCUUCAUCUCGCACAGCAACGUCGGGAUCGGCACCAUCGUGGGCUCGGCGGUGUUCAACAUUCUCUUUGUCAUCGGCAUGUGCGCCCUCUUCUCCCGCGAGAUGCUGCAUCUGACCUGGUGGCCUCUUUUCCGAGAUGUUUCCUUUUAUAUCGUAGGCCUCAUCAUGCUCAUCGUUUUCUUUCUGGACAACGUCAUCGUGUGGUGGGAGAGUAUGCUGCUGCUCUGCGCUUAUGUGCUUUACGUGUUUUUCAUGAAGUAUAACGUGCAGGUGGAGCACUUUUUCAAAGCGCAACUCAACAAACACAAAAGCAUUGUCAGAGUUAUCGCGCUGGAGGAACCAGACAACACCAAUGGAUCUGCUGGAGGGGAAGAACCACCGCCUCCUGAGGACAAAAACAGACUGAAGCUCAAGCCAUCGCUCCAGCGGGGUGGCAGCUCUGCCUCCCUCCACAACAGCACCAUGCGCAACACCAUCUUCCAGCUCAUGAUCCACACGCUGGACCCUCUGGCAGAAGAAACCGUCUUUAAUGGAGAUUUUCAACCUUCCGCUUCCAAGCUCGGGAAAGAGAAGUUUAAGGACAAGGCUGAGAUCUUGAAUGACAUGGCAAGAGGGAAGGUAGAGAGCAAAGGACAUGGCAAAGCAGCAGUCCCAUCCCAGUUAUUUUCAUUGAUCUGCCGAAGAUUGAAAUUCGGAGAAGAUAAAGAGGACGCCCCCAACAAUGUGAAUGUGCAGGUCACCCCUCCCACAGAGCCGUCCACAUCCCAGCCAGUCAAAGAGGAAGAGAAAAAGGACCUGCCUGAAGGGAAUGAGACUCAGGAAGUGGGGGGCUCGGGCGGCUCGGACGACUCAGAAGACAGCGAUGAAGAUAGCGAUGAUGAGGACAGUGAUGAAAAGGAGGAGGAGGAGGACGAGGAAGAGAAUGACAAGCCCCUGUCCCUGGAGUGGCCAGACACCCGGCGCAAGCAGGCCACCUACCUCUUCCUGCUGCCCAUUGUCUUCCCGCUGUGGCUGACCGUGCCUGACGUCCGCAGUGCGGCCUCGAAGAAGUUCUUUGCAAUGACGUUUCUGGGAUCCAUCAUCUGGAUUGCCGUGUUCUCCUACCUCAUGGUAUGGUGGGCCCACCAGGUUGGAGAGACGGUUGGGAUCUCAGAGGAGAUCAUGGGGCUGACGAUCCUUGCAGCGGGAACGUCCAUCCCUGACCUGAUCACCAGCGUCAUCGUGGCGCGGAAGGGUCUCGGAGACAUGGCCGUGUCCAGCUCUGUGGGCAGCAACAUCUUCGACAUCACUGUCGGUCUGCCUGGGCCCUGGCUGAUGUACUCCUUAAUCAAUGGCUUCACCCCGGUAGCGGUGAGCAGUAAUGGGCUGUUCUGCGCCAUCGUGCUGCUCUUCCUCAUGCUCCUCUUCGUGAUUUUCUCCAUCGCCGUCUGCAAGUGGAAGAUGAACAAGUUCCUGGGCUGCAUCAUGUUUGCUCUCUACUUCUUCUUCCUGGUGGUAAGCGUCAUGCUGGAGGAUCGCAUUAUCAUGUGCCCCGUCUCCAUCUAGACACGCCUCUCCUCCGACAGGACAGUAGUGCAGAGACCAAAAGCCAAGUCUGCAAAAGGAGCCCCGCUACACGUGGGUCGUGUUUCUGGGUGGUUGGUAAAAACUCUGCCUACAGCUACGGCCAAACGUUUUGCAUCACCUAGAACUUUAGGAUUGAGACAGAAUUAAAAGAAAAAAAAAACCUAUAUGAGCAUUAUUACAUAAUCUAUUAUUUAACAUCAUGUAAUCAGAGAAACUACAAAAUUAUAUUGCUGUGAAGCCAUAGCAGCAGAUUUUCAGUUUUUCGUUUAAGUGGAAAACUACAAAGCCGUACGUAAUUCAAUAUGUUAACGCAACAUUGUUCAGCAGAUUUCACUUCGACUUUAUGAAGCAAAAUGUAUUAAUUCUAUAGGGGAAUGCAAAACUUUUGGCCAUAGCUGUACAGUGUAAUUACACAUGGAGUUGUGCAAUUAGAAGUAAUUGUGGUUUGCGGAGCGUGGCUCACUGUAAUUCAAAAUGUAGUUCUGAAGUUGCGGUUUAAUUACAGUUAUAUUAUGCAGUUGUUAUUAGGGUUUCCUUGGCUGGGAGUUGGAGUUCAUUCUGGUUAGGAUUUUAGCAGUUUGGAAUAUAUUUUUUGGUAUAUCAUUUUUAAUUUAUUUUUUACAUAGGAUCACACAGAAUCUAUUCUGAAAGUUUCCAGUUCUAUAGUUAGUCCUGUAUGAAAUUACAGAACCCUAAUAGAAAGCUUUGUCUCAUUUUGUUCUUGGGUAAAGCUCCAUUCAUUCAUGCGUUGAAUGGUGAAUGUAAAUGUUGCAUUUGUUUACAGGGUUGUAUACUGUAUAAAUAAAGUUUAGUCACUGUUCAUUUAAAUGUGUAUUAUCAAAAUGUCCGAAAUAUUUUGUUUCCAUUGCAGCAAAACUUCAAGUUAAAUAUUCUGAUUACUAUUUUUUAAGUAUUUCAACAGAAUCACGACGACUGUGGUUUCAAACAAGUAUGCAGCUAAAACGUAUCCUGCUCAAUGUCUGUCCCAGAAUAGCCCUGUAAUUUACAGACCUGCAUGUCUCAGAAUGUGCUUCACGUCUCUGCUGACAUCAUCCUUUCAAAUGGAAACAGCCUUCCCCCGAUGCACUUUAGGAAAGAGGAAGGGAUAUUGGCAGGCAGUCCAGUUUGGACCCCCACACCGCAUCCAUUCACAAAGCUUUACUCUUAUUGCUACACAUUCACUGAUGGGAGAGCCAAUGCCAACCUGAAUGUCUUCUAAUAUUGUGGCAAAAAAAGGUUGGGCGAGGUAACAAUCUAGACAAUCUUAAUAGCAAGAUGUGUACAGCUGUGCCACCCAUUCGUUCAGCCUUCCACAGUAAUCAGUGGAACCAGGGCAGACCAGGAGAACACGCCCCACACCAGGGCGAUGCAAACCCAGUCAGGCAGACAGCUCCUUAUAAAGUGGCCAGGCAGUCUAUGUGUAUAUAUAAACAAAUCAAAACAAGACAUUCAUGUGGUACUCGUCAUUCGCAUCAUUACUAUUCCUCAGUGCGGAAUGCAACAAGACAAUCAACGCUACUGUAAACUUGUGUAAACACUGUAUUCUGCGCUGUGUGUACUGCAAUAUAACUAUUUUUAUAAUCUACAGAAGUGGUUCAUAUGUAUUUUAGUAAACAAUGUUUAAAAGUACCCAUGUGAUGAAACAGGGCUGAAAUAAAAUAAUGACAACAGCAGAGAAGCAAAUGCAAGUCUGGGUUUCUGACAAAGUAAUAAUAAAAAAAGAAAUGUCAUUUUGGUUUGAAGUGUUGGCACUCCUUUAACCCAAACCACAGAACUAUAUUUAAAACACCAAGCACAACUUGGUUUUAAUUGCCUGCUUGCAAGAAUGGCUGUAACUUAUCAAACUUGGUUGGGCUUUGGUUGUGAACUGAAAAUACGAUCACAGGGAGGUGCAUAAGUAGUAACUCAGAGCACUAGCCCUGUAAAAGUCUGCUGCAUUAUAAUCUCAAUUUAGGAAAUAAAACAGACAAACAAGGUAAUGCAGGUUUUAAUUGCUUAAUAAACCAGGGGAAGAGAACGCAAUGGUAUUUGAUGGAUUCAGCUUGACAGUUGUGCUGACUUUUUGGUUUUGUGAUUUUGAUAUUCAGUUUGUACUUUUCUUGUAACAUGAAAUGUUGUGAUCAGAAUUGCAGCUUUGCCUAAGACCCUGUGAAAAAAACCCCAGCUUAGGUCAACAUGGCACCUUUCCUGUUAAAACAAUUAAAAAUAAACAAGUAA